AUGAACGGGAUGGAGAGACAUGGGCAUGGACAUGGACAUUCACAUGCACAUUCGCAUCGUCAUCGUCACUCACAUGGAAAUCUACAAAGUGUAUCUCAAAAUUCCAGCCAAUCAUCGAAACAUAGCCAUACCCAUGCGUUGCACUUGCAAAAAGAUACAUCUGCAGUUCAAACACCUCAGAAGCCAAGAAAUUACAAGUUAUUAGUUGAUCCAUUUUUGGUAAAAGGUGCAACAAAGUUGUACAGAUACGAUGGCAUGGUUCCAGGAGAUCCAACUUAUCCUGAAGUUCAACCUCGAGAUCCUAGAUCACAGUUAACAAGGAUUUGGACUCGUUUAGAACAACUUGACUUACCUGUACCUAGAUUUAAAAUUGAUUCUAAUUACUGUGAUAUGGUUCAAAAAUUUGGAGCUGUAGAAGAACUUAUUGUUUAUUAUCACCCUGUAACUAAUAAGCAUCUUGGAAUUGCAAGAGUAGUUUUUGAAACUACAAAAGCUUCGAAAGCUUGUGUAGAAAAAUUAAAUAACACAUCUGUGAUGGGUAAAGUCUUAAGAGUGUUUCUUGAUGCAUUUGGAGAAGAGUGUAAAAAGGUUUAUGAUGAGUUAACUAUAGAAAAAAAACUAGAAAAGAAAAUUGAAAAGGAAAUAAAGCCUGAGAAUGAUCAAGAGAAGCAAACUCCAAUUGAAAAAAUUAUUACUGAAGAAAGAGAUGAUUUCAGAAGUAACAAAAAAAUAUCCAAUAUAGAAAAAUCAAGAGAUACAUAUAUAGAAAACUCGAGAUACAAUAAGUAUAGAGAUUAUCCUACUCCUAGUGGCAGUGAUUUAGGUUAUGGUACUGCACCUAGUGAACUAAAUUAUUCUAGUAAUUAUUCUCAAAAUUCUACUCCAGCUACGAAUUAUGAUUUUUAUUAUAGUAGUUACCAUCAGCCUCCAAACAAUUAUUUAGCAAAUAUGCCACAAAAUGUAUCGCAAAAUCUUUCGAUGCCGCAGAAUUCAAAUAUAUGGUGGGGAAAUAAUACAGGGGCAACAAGUUAUGCGUCAUCUUCUAUGUGGCCUGUUCAACAUGGAACAAAUUUAGAUAAUUCCAGUACUAAUGCAGUUCCAAUUUCUAAGGCUUCUAAUGUAAAAAUACAUCAUACACCUAAGAAAGAGAAAGAAAAUCAAAAUAUAACAAAAAACUCAUCACGAGAUUCACCAGUAGAAACUCGUAAAACAUUAGAUUUGGAUACUAGAAUUGCCAUGUUAUUAAAAGACAAAGCAGGAGGAAUGGCACCACCUUUCUUACAGUUUGGUAGCGAUUCUGAAGAUGAGAAGUCUGUUAAUGCAGAUAAUGAAAUGCUCUCAGAACCACCAAGUCCUUUUCUAUCUCAUGAAACGUACAAAUCAUGUUUUGAGAAAAUGAGAGAAAGGAAUAAAGAACGAUGGAAAGUACAUGAGAAUAGCAUGAAUCAAUUUUCUGUUGACGAAGAUUUAGGUAGUGUUAUAAGUUCGAGUGAAGAUGAAGCAUUGUUGGGAAGUUACAGUCCUGCACAAGAUGAAAUUGAACCAGAACCACCAAAGGAGCCACCACCUCCACCUCCACCAGAUGAUGAUAGAAUGUCAUUAAGUCCAUUAAGUUCAGGAGAUGAAAAAAUUGAAGAAGUUAUAGCUCAAACAGAACCUACAAGUCAGUUAUAUUCAGGAACUGGUUAUCCUGGACAUUUAACUCAUUAUCCUACCAACGACAUGUAUCAUUGGCCAAGACCAGCACAAUAUCCAUAUCCAUAUGGAACAACAUAUUUACAAAGUCAUUAUCAACCAAAUACUACAUCAUUUUCUGGCACAGUAGGGAAUCAAGGAGCUAAUUAUUAUCCAUCUUUUCAAUCAAGGCUUCAUGCUAUGGCAAAUCAUAAUAUUACAAAAGAUAAUCCACAAGGUCCUACUAUUAAUGGUGUAUUAAAUAGAGUUGUUAAUGAAUUAAAGCAAAUUCUAAAAAAAGAUUUUAACAAAAAAAUGAUUGAAAACACUGCAUUCAAAUUAUUUGAAGUAUGGUGGGAUGAAAAGAAAUCAGAAAAAAAUCAAAAUCAAGGAGGAGAAAAUACUGUUGUUAAUAAUAAUAGUAAUAAGGAAGAAGGACAGAAACCUCAAGGAUUAUCAUUACUUUUAGAACAAGGAACUCCGCUUGGAUUUAAUUAUGAUGGAUUUGGUUUGGGUAUUAGAGCCAGUAUGCCAAAGAUGCCUUCUUUCAGGCGCAAAAUUAAAGCUCCAAGCCCAUUACCGCAAGACGAAGAUAGUCGUCAAUCUGAUCAUGGUGACACGGAACUUAUAGGAAGCGAUAGCGAUCUUGAUCUGGCGUCAGUGCAAAAAAUUAAAAGACCAAUUACUUCUCUUCCAAGCGUUUCUUCUUCAUCUUCCUCGUCAUCUUCGUCUAGUGAAAGUAGCAGCGAGGAAAUGAGUUGCAGCGAAUCUUCCAGCAGUUCGAGUGAUAGUUCUGACGAAGAAGUAUGCUCUGGAAACUUUGACGAUGAGCAAGAUACAGACAGUCAUUUAUCAGAUCAUCGUCCACUGGCUUGUAACAGUGAAGAUCCUGAUAUUUUAAUGGAACUUGCAAUUCAAAGAUCGUUAGAUUGUCCAACGCCUACUGGUAGAGAGACACCAGUACCUAAUAUUAAAAUAAAAGACGUAAAUUCGAAUGAAUUCCCACAGUGUGACAAUGAAGCUAGCCCUGUAUCAUCUCCGUUGAAAUAUGAAAAUGAUAAAGAAGAUAGUGAGAAGGAAAGUGAAAAAUCUAUAAACGAAGAAUAUCUCGAAAAAGUUGGAGCGAAGGAAGAGGUAGAAACGGAAAGAAUGGAAGGUGAAAUACAGAAGAAAGUAAAAAGUGCUUCGGUCAUACCAAUUAAACAAGAACCAUGUGAUAUACAAAAAAUGGAAAAUUCUGCAGCAGAAGCUUUAAUAACAUUAGCUGGUCAAGAUAACAUUAUAAGACAUAAGAGUCCGGGACCUGUACAACCAAAUAUUAUUAGAGCUCUUCAAACUAUGUCUGCUAAGUACAUUAACGAUGAACCUAUAUUAAAAGAUUCAGAAAAGAUUGAAAUGUUUAGCGAGAUACCUACCACCGAUUCGGAGGAAGAAAGCUUAGAAAUUAGAAGAUUAAGGUAUCAAGCCGAAGCUGAUCUCCGACUUAAUGGUCAACAAAGUCCUAAAAACUCUCAAGCUUCACAAGUGUUUAUGGAACAUUCAUACUCAUUGCCACCUGCCCAAUCAGAAAUUACGAAGACUGUAAUUCGCACACCAUCGACACCAAUGAAACCGGUAAAACUUAAAUCGUCGAAGAUCAUAAAAUUAUCGAAGAGCAAAGACAAGACACACAAAGUAGAAAAACAGAAAUAUAAUAAAUAUACAAAAAUACACGCUCAUCAGAAUCAUGAAAGAGAGAAAGAAAAUAUCGAAAAUGAGUAUGUUUAUGAAAAAUAUCCGAAGAAAGUUGAAGAGCCAGUUGUUACAUAUAAAGAACGUGACCUUAUGUCGGAAAUGGCUAUUUUGUAUGAAUUUUUAACAAGAGGGAUAGAUGCGGAGGAUGUUGAAUAUUUAAGACGAAGUUACGAAGCUUUAUUAGCCGAUGACAGCCAAGGUUAUUGGUUAAAUGAUACUCAUUGGGUUGAUCACCCUGCAACGGAUAUUCCAAGUCCUGCGAAACGCAGAAAAAGAGACGAACUUAGAUUACAUACAAGUGGAAGUGCAAGAACAGAAGGAUAUUAUAAGGUUGACGUACGAGAGAAAGCUAAACAUAAGCAUCACUAUGCCCAAAGUAUACAACGAAGUAACGACGUUGAAGAUAGUAAUGGUCCUUACGCUGGUGGCGAUGGAACAAUGAAUGGUCCAAAGAACAAUACUAAAGCUUUAACUGGUAAAAUGCAAGCUUUGUCUCGCGAAGCCCGAAGUAAUCAGAGACGGUUAUUAACAGCCUUCGGUAUCGAUACUGACAGUGAUCUUCUUAAGUUCAAUCAGUUGAAAUUCAGGAAAAAACAAUUGAAAUUUGCUAAAUCUGGUAUACACGAUUGGGGUCUAUUUGCCAUGGAGCCAAUUGCAGCUGACGAAAUGGUCAUCGAAUAUGUCGGACAAAUGGUCAGGCCAGUUGUUGCUGAUUUACGAGAGUCUCAAUACGAAGCUACCGGUAUCGGUAGUUCCUAUCUUUUCCGUAUCGAUUUAGACACGAUUAUUGAUGCAACAAAGUGUGGGAAUUUAGCACGGUUCAUUAAUCAUAGCUGCAAUCCGAAUUGUUACGCAAAAGUAAUUACGAUCGAAAGCCAAAAGAAAAUUGUAAUUUAUAGUAAACAACCGAUAGGAGUUAACGAGGAGAUCACGUACGAUUAUAAAUUUCCAUUGGAAGAUGAUAAAAUCCCUUGCCUAUGUGGAGCUCCUCAAUGUAGGGGUACUCUUAAUUGAAUCGUUCAUAAAACUAUAUUGUUCAUCCCUUUUUCCUGUCUUCUACACUUCAUCAUACCCUACUCAUAUUUUUGUAAAUACUUCCCCAUGUAAACAUUUUAUAAAAUGCAAUGGAAAUAUGCUAAAUUAUGUUAAUAUGAAAGUCCUUCUCUUUUUUAACAUUCUUCUUGUAAUUAUUGCAUUAAGUACCUAAAAUGAAUUUCAAGAUCGUUAUAAAAUAUUUAUAACCUAUAAUUGUUUUUGUACAUACGUAACUUAAGAUUUUAUUCCCAUUAUGUUUCUGUUAAAAAUAAAAUAACAGUUUUUAAAAGCGUUCAUGUCGAUCGAUAAUGAAAAGGAUUUCCAUUUUUUUAACAAAGUAAAUUGAAUUAAACUACACGUGUAAAUAUUUUUUAUGAAAUUAUAUAUAAACAUUAUAUAUUUCUGUUUCUUUUUUAAAAUAAAAUACUAGUAAAUAUAUAUAUUAAAUGUAGGGACUUUUACAUUGCUUGUAUGCAAUGAUGUGAGGUAUAUAUCAGUAAGUACUUUAAGCAAUGCAUUUAGUUUCUAUAUAGAAACUACUAUACCAGCUCUAUGUGUUUCUUUCAUAUUUAUAAUUUCUAAUAAAGAAUAUUUUUAAAAGAUAUAAAAUUAAUUAAAAUAUAAAAAUUAUAUAUAUAUAAAAUUGGAAAAGGUUUUCUUAAAAUCUUUAAAACCUUAAAAUUUUGUUUUUUUAACGAAAUGUUUUGAUGCUUCAUGACGCAAAAAUUGUGCUUAAAAUACAUUAAAACAUAAAAAAAAAUACAUUAUAAUAUCAAAAGAAAAUGCUUUAAAAAUUUUAUAUUUAAAAUAAUACAGUUUAACACGGAUCACAACAAUUUUAUUGAUCAGACAACUUUGA